AUGGCCACUUCGACUUGGGUCAGCCCGGUGCUCAGCCGCAAGUAUGAGAUCAGUCGCGCUCAAGGUCAACUCGGAGAAGGUGCUUUCGCCACCGUUUACCCAGCAGUGCACCGCCUGACUCGGUGUCCUGUGGCCAUCAAGGUUCUUAACAAGGCCAGGUUGCGCGCCGAUGAUGAGAUCCGCAGCGCUGCCCUCGAGGCCUACUGCCUGCGCGUCGGCACUCACGUUCCCUUUGCCAUUCGUCUGAUCGAGUGGCUCGAGGAUGAUUUUCACGUCUUCUUUGUGCUUCAGCUUGCACCCGGUGGCGACCUCGCCACCCGCCUUGACGAAGUCCACCGCCUGCGCGAAAAAGACGCCCGCCGUCUCUUUGCCCAGUUGGCCCUGGCCGUGCAGGGAUUCCACCGCGCUGGCUUGGCGCUCCGUGAUCUCAAGGCUGACAACGUUCUUCUGCACGGCGAUAACUGCUGUCUCAUUGAUUUUGGCCUGGCUGCGCCCAGUGCCGAUGACAGCGCGCCUGUCAGUGCUACCGGUUGUGGUACGCGCAGCUACAGUGCUCCAGAAGUCAGCUACAAUUCCACUUACAACCCUCGCAAGGCUGAUGUCUAUAGUCUCGGGGUCAUACUCUUCCUCAUGGUCGCGGGCGAUUUUCCCUUUGACUUGGCGGGCGAAGACGAGGAUCAGGCCUCGCUCACUUCCCUUCAACGCGAUGAGUUGGAGCAGCGGGAUGCUAAGAUGCGGCGGGCUCGGCGUCGCCUACAUGUGCAAUUUCCGCCGUGGAUCUCCGUCGACCUGGAGCGCCUCUUACGGCAAAUGCUCGAGUUUCAACCCGAGGCUCGACCAACGAUCGACGUUGUCUGUGAACACGUCUGGUGUCGCAAAGAGAUUGAUCUGCAAGAGGCUGCCUGGGACAAGCAGCUCUGCGCUGCCCGCGCCCAGGCGACGCGACGACUUGGCGAGUUGUGCGGUGUCGACGAGGCAGGAAUAUCGGCCUAUCUAUCUCAGCGUAAGCAUGAUGACUUGUUUGCGGCCUACAACUGCCUCAAGGCACAUGCGCUGUAUCACUCUGGCGUGCCCAAGAGUGAGCGAGGCUCCAACCCUCACUUGCCACUCCCGCCUCUGGCAGCGUAUGCUGAUCUGUCGAAUGGGGUCACGGAGGCCAAGCCUCCAUGCGAUGAGCCAUGGCUUUCGGCAGCUGCUCUAGAGGCUAUUCGAGUCUGCACCUGCUAGGGCAUUCGGAGAAUUGCCCAGUUGAGGGUGAGUGCUUGACCUUGACCCACAGGAAGCGGUAAAAAGCCUGGCCUCCUCUUUGUGGGCAAGUCUUGAGCCAAGCUGAGCUUGGCUCCUUUCCAUCUUGGUGCAGCACCAAGGUGGCUCUUUGGUUUCAUGGACUGCGCGUGUAAUCAGCGUCCGGUCCACCUUGAUUUUGCACCCGUUUGAGUGAAUUGUUUCCCUCGGGACACAAGAGUUAAAAAUCAUUAUUGUUUUGACGUGCAAUCGAAUUUGAAACGUG